CGCCACUAGCGCUGACGCAAUCCGUAUGAUUCAGUGGGUUGGCUUGUUUGUUUGUGUACUAAAUCUAGUAAAUAAGGAGCGAAGAUGUCUUAUGCAUAUUUAUUCAAAUAUAUAAUUAUUGGUGACACAGGUGUUGGAAAAUCCUGUUUAUUAUUACAAUUUACUGAUAAAAGAUUUCAACCAGUACAUGAUCUAACAAUAGGUGUUGAAUUUGGUGCAAGAAUGAUAACAAUUGAUGGAAAACAAGUGAAACUCCAGAUUUGGGAUACAGCAGGUCAGGAAGCAUUUCGUUCAAUUACCAGAUCUUACUACAGAGGAGCGGCUGGUGCAUUAUUGGUUUAUGAUAUUACAAGGCAAGACACAUUCUCUCACCUAGCGUCUUGGUUAGAAGAUGCAAAACAACAUUCCAAUUCAAAUAUGGUUAUAAUGUUAAUUGGAAAUAAAUGUGAUUUGGAAAGUAAAAGAGAAGUAAAUAGAGAAGAAGGAGAAAUAUUUGCUCGUGAACAUGGUCUAAUAUUUAUGGAAACAUCUGCUAAAACAGCUGCUAAUGUGGAAGAAGCAUUUAUAAAUACUGCCAAAGAAAUUUAUGAUAAAAUUCAAGGAGGUGCUUUUGAUAUCAGUAAUGAGGCUAAUGGUAUUAAAAUUGGUACUCAACACUCUCCUACAAAUCGUCCUCUUCCAGUUAAUAGCCAAGGGUCAGGUCAAGGAAGUGGCUGCUGUUAAAUAUUAAUUCAUUGGUGUAAAUCAUUAUUUCUGUAGUUUUAGCCUGUAAUGCUUAUUUUCUUAUUUGUACAUUUUAAUUUGUAAAUUCUGUUCUAAACAUAUAUUUAUACAAAGUAUUUUUGAAUACGUAAAGAGAAAUAUUAAAGUUUGACAAUCA